UACUUCCUCUCCUCCUCUCUACUCCCUUCUAGGGUUGUGCUGUACCGCUUAAAUCAUUUGGGUGGGAAACUGGGGGCACUGCCGUACGCAUCGAUUCUCCUCGACAACUAGAAUACACAAGCUAGCUAGCUAGUUUGCACCUGCUGAGACCCCCGUUCGCACCACCUUUGCGCCUUUACCGCCUGCCGGCCGUUCGCCAUAUGGAGUCCAACGGCGGCGAGGGAGAGUGCGACAUCGACCUCAACCUCUCCCUGCAUCGGGCGUCGUCGCCGGAGCCGCUGGGCUACUUCACCUGCACCUACUGCGACAAGAAGUUCUACUCCUCCCAAGCGCUGGGCGGCCACCAGAACGCCCACAAGUUCGAGCGCAGCGUCGCCAAACGCACGCGGGAGCUGGCCGCCGCGCGCCGCCACGGCCACGCGGGCCGGGUCGGCGCCGGCGAGGAGGGCAGCAGGGGAGGGAAGGACCCGACCAGCAAUGCCGCGGGGAGCUCCUCGCACAGGAGGGUGUCGCCGCCGGAGGCAGCUCGCCGGGACCUCAUCACCGAGGAGAUCGAUCUGUCUCUCAAGCUCUGAUAUUACUGGAUCGAGGUUCUUGUCACUGCAAACUUAUGGUCUAUUCGCCUUAUUACUGGGUUCUUGUGAUUUCUUACUCAUUUUAUGUCUAGAAUGAAAGUAUGAAACCUCGCAUAGAGCUUCUUCUCCCUUUUCUUUUGCUAUUUUUUUACCGGGGCACAAUUUACUAUAUAAGUACUACUACUCAUAAGCAAGGCAAAGACAUACUAUGGUGAGAUACACUGCUCCAGAAUGGCCGCAUACGGUAUGUUACAAAGUUACUGCCCGAGUUACAAGGAUGAAAACAGCAUAUUACUAGGCGAGACAUGGACACAUGCAGUACUAGCCAUGCCAUGCAGCGAAGCAGCUGCAGGCGUAGCAUCAUAGCCAACAGAUAGCUAAGCCUCAUCAAUAAUUCUUGUAAAGCAAAUCUGUGGGUGGUUCUCUGUAGUUGUGUGGUCCAGUCGGCCUUCCAAUAGGAUAGGAUCCCCCUGUCGCUGCUGCUCCUUGUUCUGUACCGUGCAUAAAACACGUGACUUAUUACCUUCCUCUGUCGUUAUUGGGAUAGUGAUACCAACUGAAUAACUGUAAUAAUUUGAAGUGAUGGGGAGGUUGCAACAGG